AAAACUGUUUUAUCUACUAUAUCUUCCUAAUUCAGCAUAGUGUCUGACACAUGUAAGUAUCAAUUACAAAAGAUACUUAUUUUAUCUUCUCUCUUGAGUGAUUUUAAAUUAAAAGUAUUAUCAUUUCUACCUCUAUGCAAGAGUACUAACAAUGUAUGUAUGCGCCUGUGCGGAUGUGACAAUCUCCCCCGCAACAUGCCCCUCACAAAGAAUCUCCUCAAUCCCUCCCUGCAAGAGGAAAAGAGGAAGCACAAGAAGAAGCGCCUGGUGCAAAGCUCCAAUUCCUACUUCAUGAACAAGAAGCACCCACAAUGCUAUAAAAUCACCACCAUCUAUAGCCACGCACAAACAGUUUUGUGUGUUGGCCCCUCCACUGUCCUUUGCCAGCCUACAGGAGGAAAAGCAAGGCUUAGAGAAGCAUGCUCCUUCAGACUGAAGCAGCACUAA